AUGGAGCAGGUGAAGCCAUUUGCGUGCCCGGCCUGUACUGGCCGCUUCACCAGACAGGAGAACCUCAAUAGACACACUGCUUCCGGUAAGACACACAAUUCACUGCUUGCAGAUCCAAGCUCACAGUCGAAGUUCAUCGACGGUCGAACUUACGACCAUUCCCCUGCCCCCAGUGCGAUUGAUCUCCGAAAGCGCCAUGUACGAAAGUAUCACUUGCAGGAGACCGGCUCGCCGACUGCCAAAGCUGCUGAGGGGCCGCAGUAUCUGCCCCCCAAACCCAUGCCAGCAGCGCAACCGGCCACGAACAUCGCCAACAUCUCAUGGCUCUUCCAGCUCCCUCAAUUUAUAGCCGCCUAUUUCGACAAGUUUCAGAUCAUACUUCCGCUAAUCCACCGACCGACAUUCGAUGCGGGCUCGACCAGCGAGCCCCUGCUACAGGCAGUGGCUUGUAUCGGAGCCGUCUACCAUUCUGCAGGCAGCCACCAUGAGGUCAGCCUCGCCCUGAUGCAGUCUGGUCUGCAGGCACUCGACGCAUUUGUAGACCAGCAUCAAUGUGCGGGCUUCCGGCAGAUCUGGGUAAUCCAGGCAUACCUGCUCUUUGAGUACUUUGCUCUGCACAGCUGCGACGACACGUUGUUUGGGACCGCUGUCAAUAUACAUCGCAAGCUGGUGGACGCUGCGAGGCAGUACCAGCUCUUGCAGGAUAAUCUCACCCUCGGUGGACAUGGUCAUCUUCGAUCGGAUUCCGUUGAACGAGACUGGCAGUCGGCUAUACAAAGCGAGGCUCGGAAGCGAGCGAUGUACGCUCUCUACUACCUCGACGCUCAAAUGUCCGUAAUGUGCAACAUCCGCCCGCUCCUGACAGCCCUGGAAGUCAAGUACGAGCUUCCCUGCCGCGACGACCUCUGGUCUGCGCCCAACGCCCAAGCCUGGAGCUCCCUACUCGUUCUAUCCCAGGAUGGCUCCUUCAACAACGAGCACGACGAUGACGAUGCCAAUGUCGACCCUCGUCCUGCACAAGGCGACCUCUACAGCAGCAUCAUGCACCUCAUGGCACCGGGCCCGCCAGGAAAGAGCCUAGGGCUGCUCUGGAACUCUUCCUUCGCGGCACUGAUGCUUGUCAUGCAGAUCCAGAUGAUGGUAAGAGAUCUGGUACUGGGAAGUACGUUCUUGUACCAUAAUAUCCGAGGUGGAGACGGAAACGACGCAGAGAGACACAGGCACACGCUCUCUAUCAUACCCGAGCAUAGCCGUGCACAGGUUAUGCAGGCGCUUGAUUCCUUAGCAGACCUCAUGCCUCCGCGACCGAGUGCCACGGCGGACUGUCCUGUUGACGUUCGUCUGUGGAACCACGUCUGGAUAGCCUGGCAUUAUACUGCUUUGUGCCUAACGCACCAAGACGGGCUGCUAACGAACGGGAUCGUCGAGUACAGUCUCCCCACGGCGAUUUCCACGGCGUGGGAACUAGGCAAGCCGCGCUCGAAACAGCUUCGCGACGUCUACGAAGACCGCGAUGUGAUCCGCGUCGCCGGAUGCCUAGAGAACAUUCUUGCCUUAGUGACGAAGCCUGCACUGGGCGCUUCAAUACGAAGUAGUGGCACAGAAGACCCCUUCACUACAAUGCUGGCCUUUAAAACUGUUUUGAUCGGCUGGCGGGCUGUCCGGCUCAUGGGCCUAGGGCUGCAGGAAGAUAGUAGUAGCAGUCCGUCGGCGUCCAGUAUAUACACUCUCUCGGCGAAGGUUCUGAUGCGGAAGAUCCUCGGUUCUAUGGAGGUAGAUAAUGAGCGGGAAGAGGACCAUCGUCGGGAUAGGCGUGGGAGUGGAGGCAGCCAGCAGAGUAUCUCCAGCUUUACGAUCCUGAAUGACUCGGAGGCGCUGUACCUGGAGCGCGUGGAGGCUGCGCUGGCGAGGAGGGAUGUAUGGCCUGCUGCUGUUUGGAUUGGUGCUGUCUUUACUGAGACCGCGGGUGGGAUGGGCAUCUGA